AUCGAUAUAUGGUUUCACAAAAGAAAUACAUUGUAGACAUCGUUAAAUCAGAAACAGUAUCAUUCAGAAGUUCUACAGAGUUAAACCAAAAUUGCACCAAUUACUUAAAGCAUACAUGUAUCAAAUUUUAAAUGGGCAUGUAAACUGUUUUAUAUUUGUGCAUACACUAGGAGUGAGGUUUAAUUUAAACAGAUCCUGUUCAUAGUCCAGGAAGUAAUUCCUCCAGAUGAAGAUGACGUAGUGGUUGCUGUUUUCCCGCCAUUUUUGAUGAGUUGAACACCAAUAAGGUGUCUCGUAUUUAAUUCAUCUCUGACAUCUACACAGAUGAUAAUUUACUCUUUUUAACGGUUUUCAAAUUCAAAUGUUUAUUAAAGAUGUCUUUUUGAGACGAGACGGAGAUUUAUUUUUUUUUUAAAAAGAAGGAAAUACCAUUUAAAUAGAAAAUUAUUCAAGUGUAUUUUUCUUAUUCAACAGUUCAUGUUUUUCCCGCUUUGAUUAUUAUAUAAAUACAUCAUCAAUGAUAUUGGUUCACAUCCCAUGAAAUUAUGAAGAAUGCCUCUGCUAUUUACACUGGACUGAGUUAUAUUGCAAUAAUGAAUUCGUAGUGUGCGACAAGUUUCGUAACGGAUUCGAUAUGCUAAUGAGAAAAAUCUUCGGACACAAAAGACUUGCAAUUGUUUAGAACAAUGCUGUUACAACUUAUAUAAGAAACAUUGACGCAAGCUCCAAAGAACGACCACAAAUAAUUUGUUUCAUUUCACCGACUAAUUCAUUUCAUCAUCUAUUGCCACGUAAAAUUUUUAUCCCCUAUUGUCUUCUCAUCUUACUCUCCCUCCAGAGCCAUGAUUUGAAUGAAUUGGAAUAUGCGCUACAUGCUGAUGCUUGUCCGGGUAGCGCAGAGGUAGCGCUCUCUCUUCUCACCGCUGAGACCCGAGUUCGAUCCCCGUGAUCGGCAGUGGUUGUAUAUGAGAGGGUAUGGCGGUCGCCCACUCGGAUACGUGAGUUUCUUCCCACAUAAAUGACCCCCUAGCGCAAACAUCAGUGCAUCAAAUGUCCACAUUGGAAAUAAGCUUUCGAGCUUUCAUGGGUUAUCCUUGGUAUUUAUGUAUAUACGUAUGUUGUAUUUAUAUGUAUGUAUAUACCGAAUAAACACAAUGGCAAACCUAAGUGCAGCUAGCGACGAAAAGCAUGAUGGAUAUGACCUCGACGUCUAUGGGGUAGGAACGUAUUUGUUUUACUCCCUACACAUUCCAGCUCUCAUCUGCAUCACUUGUAGCUUUAUAUCAGCUGUUGUCGUGCUGAUAUUGUCUUUCAAGACCAAUAGCUUCCGAAUGUUCUUCAGAUGGACAAAGAGUGAACGUUUUGUUGUUUACCUUGCAGUCUGUGAUGGCUCCUUUAAUCUGGCUCAUUUUACUGACCAUUUUCACAUUCUUGUCACCAGAGACCAUGUAUAUCCUAAACCUCUUUGCCAGUUCUAUGGUCUGAUGCUGGCUGAGUUUAUAACGGCACAGAAUCUUAUGGUUAACGUUGUAGCAAUUAACGCGUUUCUGCUGAUGUACUUCAAUCGUAAUAUGGACUUUGGGUCAAAGGACUACCGACUACUUCUGUGGACGUUCGGGAUACCUCUGCUUGGGUCAUCAGUAGCCGCGCUGUUUGGGCAGUUGGGACCAAAUGGGUCAUUCUGCUAUUUUGACGGAGUGAACGGAAACACGGCCAACUUUUUCUUCACCACCGUCCCUCUCUGCAUCAUCCUCGUGAUGAAUACGACGCUGUACAUCCUCAUAUUCCAAAAGCUCACCAUCGAAACGAAACGUCUGCGCAAAAGUAUCGGGACGCAGAGUAAAACCAUGACAGCUAAUCACAACGCAGCGCGUUCGAUGUCGCUGUUUGUCUUGGCAUUCAUCAUGCAGUGGUGGGCAAUGGCUGUCUAUGGUGUUUGGGCAUUCGUCAAUCCGGAUGGAGUCCCUACGGCCGUUUUCCAUUUUGUCACGACCUUCUCUAACAUCGGAGGCAUAUUGAAUCUUGUUGUCUUCAUCAUCAUCAGGAAGAGGUUUUUAAUGAAUGUCAACCCUAGCGAAACUACGAAACACACUAACAUGCCAUCAACUAGAUAACUUUAUUUUGGCCACACGAGUCACUAGCAUGACCACUAUUUGAAGAUAUUUUUCCAACAAUUUCGUAAACCAGUAUUGCUCUACGUGUAGUUUGUAUAGAGAAAUGUUAUCAUCUGUUCUAGGACAAACCAGUAUUACUCCACAUGUAGUUUGUAUAGAGAAAUGUGAUCAUCUGUUCUAGGACAAACCGUUCAUUGAUUUAAUCGUAUUCGUUCUACGUAUGUGAAACAUCAUUCAUUGAGUAGUCUUACUUUCACCAAUGGUUGUGUUGGCCUAGUGGUUUGAAUGUUCUGUUAGGUUCGAUUCUCGACCCCGGCACCGCGUCAAACAUGAAACCAUGGGUAGCGACUGUUUCUUAGUUAAGCGCCCGGCAUUAGAAAGUGAGGUUGACCUUGAAAUAGAGGUGCCGUUUCAAGGUAGGCAUUGGAACGAUAUAGAAUCCUCACUGGUGCGCCAUGGAUAGGUUUUACUCAGCAACUGAGAUAUUUUUCAGUAUUAUACAGAUAUGCAUAGGUCAAAAGUUGAGGCAAUCAACCACAGCUGGUGACGUCUCUAUAAGAAUGAUUUUUUUUCCGAAAAUGACGUAAAAAACAAGCACGCACGCACACAUCCUUCAACAUGCAAUGAAGUUGGACGGAGAACAUUUUCAUCCACAUUCUUCUGUUUGCUCAAACUUGUAAAUUUUUGUUAGUUUAGAAACUAUGGUAAGGCUAAGUUCAUUUUACAUGUGAUUUGAAACUUGUUUAGUUUCAUAGGAAACCAGGAUUGAUCCCACAGAACUAGGAACUAAACGUUGGUGAGCAAUAAGUCCUCCACCAAAUCAGCACUGGGUCAGAGGUCAGAGAAAUGGAAAUUUACGGGAAAGCUUGCUGAAAUAGUGUAGAUUCAAGUCUCUUCAAAUCAUGACCCUGGUAGGCUGUGGUCACAGAAUGGGGAUCGAAGUUUUACCUGCUGAUAUUUAGGAAAAUUCUUUAAAAAUCUUCUCAAGAGUCACUGGGCCAAAAAAGUUGAAAUUUACAUGAAAUCUUCCUGAUAUAGAGUAUAUUCUAGUUUGAUGAAACCAUGGGGCCACAAUAGGGAAUCAAAAUUUUUAUGCCAUUUUACAGAAAAAAAUUAUCAAGAAUCAUUGGGCCAGAAAAGUUGAAAUUUAUGAAAGCUUCCUGACAUAGAUAGGUGGUUUAAAGGGCAGGGAGAAGGCUAAAAUAGACUAUAUGCCUGCUGCCCAAUCCCAUUUACUUAUUAGAUCUAGUGAAUAAAAUAUUGUUUAAAUAAAAAAAAUAGAGUAAAUUAAAGUUUAUUCAAAUCAUGGUCCCCGGGGAUAGUAUGGACCCACAAUAGGGGGUAUUUUAUAUGGAAAUAUGCAGGAAAUUAUUUAAACAAUUGUUAAAACAAAUUCUUUUCAAAAGCAGCAGGACCACACUACAUCAAAAGCAAAUGCUCGCAAGUUAUGUGGAUUAUAUGCUCCUGCAUGCUUUGUCCUGUCUGUCUGUCUGAAACUUUAACAUUGUUAAUUUCUGAGUGGUAAGUGAUAGGGAUUCCAUAUGUACAUUCCUCGUGGCAUGAUCUUUUCUAUGAUACGACUGAUAUGGAGACGUUCUAUGAUACAAAAGUUUUAAUCUUAUGACAUUGACCUUGGAGUUUGACCUACUUUAAAGAAAUUCAACCUAUUCAAUAUCUCCUGUACUAUUUAAGGUAGGGCUUUCAUAAUUUGGAUGGUAAGGCCUUACAUGUCAUACGAAACCUUUGAACUUAUGGUCUUGGCCUUGGAGUUUGACUCAAAUUUCAAAACUUAACCUUACUCAUAUCAUUUAAUCAGUGAAUGAUAUUAAUUCUCUCAUAUGUCAUAUUUACAUUCCUUGUGACAAUAUCCUUUUUCGUAUUAAAGUUUCUAACCUUUAGACCUUGAAGUUUAACCUACUUUUAAAAUACUCUGACCAAUAUCUCCUGAACCAUUUAAGGUAUAAAUAUCAUAUUUUAUGCACUUUUUAUUACAAGUUCUUUCAUUUCAUACCAUGAUAUGUGCAUUGGCCUUUUAAGAUUGGAGUUUGACUUGCUUUUAAGGAAAUGUAACUUAUUUAAUAUCUCCUCAACUAUUGAAGGAAAUGCUUUCAUAAUUUUUAUAUAAAUGUUUGACCUUGUCAGUAUGACCUACUUUUUAAAAAAAUAUUACCUAUUCAAUAUCUUAUAUUUUGUAUAGAGAUUUCUUAUGGCAAAACUACAUUACAACCAUGAUCUAUGUGACCUUGAUCUUCUCUCAUGAUAGCAAAGUCAUGCAUGUUGUGUGAAUUCAUGUUCAAUUAUGUCAGGACCUUUUGAAAUUUUUCAUGGGAAUAAAGAUUGAAAAAAUAUCUUUUAAAAUUCACAACAGUUAUUGUUCACGCUUUUGUUGAUCAGAAUUAAAGGUCAUUUGUCUUUUUCUCGGUGUUUGUGGUGUUUUAUCCAACUCCACAAAAAAUACCGU